AUGUUGGGGUCGAUGAUGCGUCAGAUGAAGGUGGCCCCUCAGCUGUUGAGGGCUUCUCGUCUCGCCUCUUCCACCUCAUCGUCUACACCAUGCACCCGCCCUCAACACGGCCUUCGUCCCCUUGGCCCAAAGGAUAAGUUGCCCGAAUUCAAGGGUACUGCUGUGGUCAACGGCGAGUUCAAGCCAGUGCAGUUGAAGGACUACGAGGGCAAAUGGCUGGUGUUCUUCUUCUACCCAAUGGACUUCACCUUCGUAUGCCCGACUGAAAUCAUUGCCUUCAGCGAUCGAUUCGAUGAGUUCAAGAAGCUCGGUGUUCAGGUGAUCGCGUGCUCGUGCGACUCGCAAUUCUCGCAUUUGGCCUGGACACAGACGCCGCGCCGGGAGGGCGGUCUCGGCGAUAUGAACAUCCCCGUGCUGGCCGACUUCAACAAGAAGAUUGCCCGCUCGUUCGGUGUGCUCGAUGAGGAGACUGGCCUGGCGUUCCGCGGCCUGUUCAUCGCCGACCCGAAGGGCAACAUCCGCUCCGUCACCUGCAAUGAUUUGCCCGUUGGCCGCUCUGUGGACGAGACGCUGCGUGUGAUCAAGGCCUUCCAGUACGUCGAGAAGCAUGGAGAGGUGUGCCCGGCCGAUUGGCAAGAAGAUUCUCCAACGAUCAAGCCGGCCUCCAGCAAGGAAUACUUCGAAAAGGUCAACAAA